ACACUCCGAGCGCAGGCGCAGUACGCAGAGAAGAGAAGCUCCUCCUGACAAGAGCCUCGCGCUGGUUUGAAAGCCAACGCGCACGCGCCGGAGCCGUUAGGAACUGCCGCGUUGCGCUCGCUAGCAGCUGUCUUGAAACUGAAGGAAUCCUGAAAAGGUCUCCCAUAUUAUCAUGGCUAGCAUCAAUCCUGAAAAAGAAGAAAGGAUUGUGUACAGACAGGGAGACCUGUUUACCUGUCCAGAAACAGAUGCCUUGGCUCACUGUAUCAGUGAGGACUGUCAUAUGAGUGCCGGCAUAGCUGCAGUUUUUAAGAAGAAAUUUGGAGGUAUUCAGGAGCUUUUGAACCAACAAAAGAAGACUGGAGACGUGGCUGUUCUGAAAAGAGAUAACCGAUAUGUGUACUAUCUGAUUACCAAGAAUAAAUAUUUUCAUAAACCUACCUAUGAUAAUCUGCAAAAGAGUUUGGACGCAAUGAAACUCCAUUGUGUUGAAAAUGGUGUAACUCGUAUUUCUAUGCCUAAGAUUGGCUGUGGACUUGAUCGUCUGGAUUGGGAGAGAGUUUCAACAAUGCUUGAAGAAGUAUUUGAGGGUACAGACGUUUAUAUUACAGUUUAUACUCUUUAAUUCUUGCAAUAAUUGUCUUUCUGUCUUGAUUGCUACACUGUGUACCUACAACUGAUUUGUAAGAAUUUGGUGGUAUGAUUUUAAUGCUAUCAUUCUUCCAUAAUUGCAGCCAUUUCUUACUUUUCUGUUUAGUUUUCAGGUACACCCUUGUUUUAAAAAAAUGCAUUGCAAUAAUUUGCUAUUUUGUCUUAUAUUUUUGAAUUAAGCCCCCCAAAGUGUUACACUUUAGUGGUUAGUUGUUACAGAUGUAUAUGUUCAAUUAAAAACAAUAAAUUUGUAUUAGUUAAAUAAC